AUGGCCUCCCUCUCUCGUUCCGUCUCGUCAUUGGCGGUUAGCUCGAGAAUCAAUGUCGUGCUUAGAAUUGGUUCCCGAGUGCCGCGUACUGCACAUGUCAACAGAGUCAGCGGCACCUACACGCCAAUCGGCUGGCGAUUCGGAAGUAGCGCUGCAAUCUCAAGGAAGGAGCCCAUUGCUGGCGAUGCGGAACCNCCUACCAAGCUGGUUGGCAACUCGAAAGUGUACAAAAGCGCCGAGGAUGCAGUGGCAGAUAUCAAGAGCGGCUCUACCAUCUUGAGCUCUGGCUUCGGUCUUUGCGGUGUUGCAGCAAUUGCGAAAAGAGGAGCUAGCGAGGUCACCAACCUGACAGCAGUUUCCAACAACGCCGGCGUGGGAGAUGGUGGUCUUGCUUCUCUGGUCAAGUCUGGCCAAGUCACAAAGCUGAUCAUCUCAUACCUCGGUGGUAACAAGGUACUCGAGAAGAAGUAUCUCUCAGGAGAGAUUGGCAUCGAGCUGUGCCCACAAGGUACUCUCGCAGAGAGAAUCAGAGCAGGUGGUGCAGGCAUUCCAGCUUUCUUCACUCCCACUGGUGUCAACACCGCCAUCAUGACUGGCGACAUUCCCGUCAGAUUUGGACCUCCAGCUGAAGGUUCCACUGAGCUUUCAGUGCUCGAGGCCGGUACCCCUCGCGAGACUCGCGAAUUUGACGGCAAGACAUACAACAUGGAGCGUGCAAUCAAGGGUGAUGUCGGAGUUUUGAGAGCGUGGAAGGUUGACGAGGCUGGCAACUGUCGCUUCCGGUAA